CCCUCUGCCACCAUGAGGAACAUCUUCAAGAGGAACCAGGAGCCCAUUGUGGCUCCUGCCACCACCACCGCCACAAUGCCAAUCGGACCCGCAGACAACUCCACUGAGAGUGGGGGUGCUGGGGAGAGCCAGGAAGACAUGUUUGCCAAGCUGAAGGAGAAGUUUUUCAAUGAAAUCAACAAGAUCCCCUUACCACCCUGGGCACUGAUUGCCAUCGCCGUGGUCGCCGGCCUCCUGCUCCUCACCUGCUGCUUCUGCAUCUGCAAGAAGUGCUGCUGCAAGAAGAAGAAGAACAAGAAAGAGAAGGGCAAAGGCAUGAAGAAUGCCAUGAACAUGAAGGACAUGAAAGGGGUGGGACCUGUGCUGGGGGAUCUCCCACAGGAUGAUGAUGAUGCAGAGACAGGCCUGACUGAGGGAGAAGGUGAAGGAGAGGAGGAGAAAGAGCCAGAAAACCUGGGCAAGCUGCAGUUUUCCCUGGACUAUGAUUUUCAGGCCAAUCAGCUUACGGUGGGUGUGCUACAGGCUGCGGAACUGCCUGCCCUGGACAUGGGAGGCACCUCAGACCCUUACGUCAAAGUCUUCCUCCUUCCAGACAAGAAGAAGAAAUAUGAGACCAAAGUCCAUCGGAAGACACUGAACCCUGCCUUCAAUGAAACCUUCACCUUCAAGGUGCCAUACCAGGAGCUGGGGGGCAAAACUCUGGUGAUGGCUAUCUACGACUUUGACCGCUUCUCCAAACAUGACAUCAUUGGAGAGGUAAAGGUGCCUAUGAACACGGUGGACCUCGGCCAGCCCAUUGAGGAGUGGAGAGACCUGCAAGGCGGGGAGAAGGAGGAGCCAGAGAAGCUGGGUGACAUCUGUACCUCCCUGCGCUACGUGCCCACAGCUGGGAAGCUCACUGUCUGCAUUCUGGAGGCCAAGAACCUCAAGAAGAUGGACGUGGGUGGCCUUUCAGACCCCUAUGUGAAGAUCCACCUGAUGCAGAAUGGCAAGAGGCUCAAAAAGAAGAAGACAACUGUGAAGAAGAAGACCCUGAACCCGUACUUCAAUGAAUCCUUCAGCUUCGAGAUCCCCUUUGAGCAGAUUCAGAAAGUCCAGGUAGUGGUCACCGUGCUGGACUAUGACAAGCUGGGCAAGAACGAAGCCAUUGGCAAGAUCUUUGUGGGCAGCAAUGCCACCGGCACAGAGCUGCGGCACUGGUCUGACAUGCUGGCCAACCCUCGGAGGCCCAUUGCCCAGUGGCACUCGCUUAAGCCAGAGGAGGAGGUGGACGCACUCCUGGGCAAGAACAAGUAGACAGCAGUGGCUGGGACCCCACACCCUUCACGGACACUGACAAGAUCCAGAGCUAUCAAUACCUCAGUUAUGCGACCUUAGAGGUUCCUUUCAUUUGUCUGUGAUGGUGUCCUUGAUUUCCUUCUUUUUCUCUUUUUAAAGACCAACUUUCCUUUGAUGGCUGUGUGAGGAGAGUCCCCUGAGAGGUGAGAGAGAAGCCUGGCUCGGUCCAUGGUCCCAGGAGCUGCCCUUGCUGCAUACCCUGUCAUGGUUCGCCCUUUCUUUUUCCAGCUUCACAUAAGCCUCACCCUGAGUGAGGCCCUCUACUGGCAGAAAGUUGCAGCACUUCCUGUCUUUUGAGCGUUCUGGACCAACAAAAUGGCAGCACUUCCUGUUUCCCGGGAAGGCAUCACAGUGGCCAAUGAUCGGUUGUGUGUGUGUGUGUGUGUGUGUGUGUGUGUGUGUGUGUGUGUGUGUGUGUGUGUGUGUGUGUGUGUGUGUGUGUGUGUGUGUGUGUUUGAGCAUUACUCUUCAUUCCUGGAAUGAGCCAUGGACAGUGAAGUUGUAUGGGAAAAGAAGGCCCUGCGGGGACCCUAAAAUAAAAAGUCAACCAAGUGGGAGAUCUA